CAAACAAACAAAGGGUGAAAGCAGAGAGUUGCUCACUUUGGAGCAGUGGUUGGUUAGCUGAAGUCUUGUACUAGGUUUCCUCUUUACUUCUCAGCUGCAUUUGAUAUUUGGUGUUACAGUCAUGGGAUUCAUAGGGAAGAGGGGUAUUUUGAUAAGUGUAGUUGUGGGGGUUCUUGUCUGGGCUUACCAGAACUCCCCUCCCCCACCACUCUCACCAAAGCUGAAAAAGUGGAAACAGUCUGGCAUGUUCUUUUCAUAUGGAGAGUUCAAGGUAUUCUACCACGAUGAGGCUGGACAGGGAGGAUCUGGUGAAGUUGUUCUCUGCAUCCAUGGGUUUCCUUCUUCCAGCCAUGACUGGGAAAAGGUGUGGGGAGGACUGCAGGGAAGAUUUGGCCGCAUCAUCGCCUCAGAUUUACUGGGCUUUGGAUUCAGUGACAAACCAUUAGACCACAACUACAGCAUCUUUGAGCAGGCCUCCAUCCUGGAGAGGUUACUUGAGACGUUGGAAGUUAAGGAGGUGCACGUCUUGUCACACGACUACGGAGACACCGUAGCCCUGGAGCUCCUCAGGAGGUUUCUUGACCGCCAAAAGUCGCCUGAGAAAGACGCCGCUCACCUGCAGAUCAGGAGCGUCUGUCUGAUGAAUGGAGGUUUUCUUCCUGAGACCAUCACCUUUCAGUGGGGCCAAUAUCUUCUCACAACUUCACUGGGACCCUACUUAUCCAGAUUGGGCAACUUCUACACUUUUAGAGGAGGUGUCGGCAAGGUGUACGGUCCCAACACCAAACCUUCUCCUGAUGAGGUCAACGAUCUCUGGGCACUGAUGAGAUGGAAUGAUGGCAACCUGGCACUAGGAAGGAUCAGCCAGUACCAGAAUGAGAGAGUUGCACAUAGAGAGAGGUGGGUGGAGGCAGUGCAACAGUCCACAAUACCAGUGCACCUGAUCUAUGGUCCAGCUGACCCCGUCAACACUCCUGUCCUUCUGGACAGAUACAGAGAGCUGUUUCCCCGGGCAACAGACACUGUUCUCAGCAGCGGCAUCGGACACUAUCCACACGUGGAGGAUCCCCAGUCUGUUCUCACAGCCUUUUUCAACUUUCUUGAUCAUGUCGCCAGCACAAAGCAGUCUUCAACUGCAGGGAAAACGUAG